AUGGCCGCCGUGGACCCAACAUAUCCUCUCUAUCCCAUCGCCUGCAUCGUGUCUUCCGCGAUGUUGUUGCUUGUUCUCUUGACCAACUUCGUCCGGCAAGGCUGGAAUCUCGGUGUCACCUUCCUGUGCUUCUGGCUUUGCGUUGAGAACCUUAGCAACGGGAUCGAUGCCGUGAUCUGGUCCGACAACGCCGACAUCAAGCUCUUUGUGUACUGUGAUAUUGUCUCGCGCAUGCAAUUGAUCACAUACGUCGUCAAACCUAUGGCGACAUUGAUCAUAACUCGUCGGCUAUACUUGAUCGUCAGCUCACCAGCAAUAGAUCUGUCAAACAAAGCAGCGAGACGCAAGAAUCUUGCGAUCGAAUGGACACUGGGUUUUGUAAUCCCUGUCCUAGUGGCAGGACCCAUCUACUACACUGUCCAGGUAGCCCGAUUCGAGGUGAACGAGGGCUUUGGCUGUGGUAAUGUCCUAGACGGAUCGAUUCUCAACAUCAUACUCCUCAAGCCUCUGAGUGUGAUACCUCCUUUGAUUUCUUUGCUCAUAUACUAUCCCAGAGUCGCGAUAGUGUUCUAUCACCAGAGGCGAGACAUGAAUAGUUUCAUUCAAAGCGCCAACUCCGUAGCACACACGAACUACUUCCGGAUCCUCGUACUCUCAAGCAUCGACAUCCUUCUCACCUUGCCCAUCGGCAUCAUCGCGGUCACCCUCUACAUCACGAACUCCCUCACCAAUCACCCCCCACCCUUCUAUGGUGGAUGGACUGCCGAUCAUAGCCAUUGGGAGCCGAUGGUCAUCACAUACGCGGAGACUGUGGCCGGCGGGCCUUCCAGUGUAGCCCAGUUCUACUUCUCCCAGUGGGCAUCGACCAUACUCGCCUUUGCUAUCUUUGGUCUCUUUGGCUUCACCAAUGAAGCCCGUGCGACUUAUUGGAGAGGUAUCUGCACUGUGGCUGGGUGGGUGGGCUGCAGACCAGCCAUGCGUGCACGCCGAGCACGUACAUCCCUCGCAGACAUGGAGUUCGGGUAUCAAACCCAGCAGACCUCAUUCAACGACGGUGUCAAAACGAAGACGAGCAUUGUCAGCCACGAUGUGAAUAUCCAAGGCGAAUCUUCAGCGAGCGGUGGCGAACGUUCAACUGCUGAGCUGGAGAGCACUCUGGACUUCAAGACAGUGCAGACACACGACUCAAGCUCGCACGACAUCAUUGCCACAGUAUCGCGACAUGGGUCCGGUAGCUCGGAAGUCGUCGAUAACGCGCAUGCGGUGUAA